AUGGCAUCUGAUUCUUUCGACAUUGAUAGACAUUCCACUGAUGAUCCUGAAACUGCAGCUAAGUACAUUGACAUAUCCAAGUUUAAUAAUAUAGAUGAGACCCAAAGCUUUGAUAAGUUUAUUACAAUAGAUCGAGUUGCAGAUAAUAGAAAUGUGAUAUUACUACCGAAUGCAGAGCGUGAAUUCUUCAACAAAAAAUAUAACGGAUAUAUCAAUUGGUUAUGGAACAGAGGAAAGAUUUUUAUUACCUUAACUGCCAUUGCUAUAACUAUUGGUUGUCUCGCAGGUUUUAUACAAGUAUUUACUGAAACUUUGGUAAAUUGGAAAACAGGGUAUUGUACAAGUAAUUGGCUCUUAAACAAGUCAUUCUGUUGUAGUGAUGUUGUAGAUGAAGAAAUGGCAACUAGAGGACUUAGAUUAGUGAGGAGAGAUGAAGGUGCCUGUGUUGCCCAAGGAGUGUGGACUAAUUGGUCAGGUAAGUAUUCAUCAUUUAUACUUUUCGUCUCACUCUCUUUACUCUUUGGAACAAUAAGUGCUUGUUUAAUACGCUACGUUGCACCAAUUGCUACAGGUUCUGGUAUAUCAGAAAUUAAAGUAUGGGUUUCUGGAUUCGAAUAUCAACAGGAAUUUCUAAAUGUAUUAACACUUAUCGUUAAAAGCGUGGCACUACCGCUAACAAUAUCAUCGGGCCUAAGCAUAGGUAAAGAAGGACCAUCCGUACAUUAUGCAGCAUGCUGUGGUUUUGUGGUUGCAAAUUAUUUUCUUAAAGAUAAGAUAGGAUUUACUUCCUUAUCACAGUAUCUAACGGCAGCAAGUGGAGCAGGUGUCGCUGUAGCAUUUGGUGCUCCUAUUGGUGGUGUUUUAUUCGGGUUGGAAGAAAUUGCAUCUGGUGCUAGUUUCAACUCAUCAACACUUUGGAAAUCAUACUAUAUUGCCUUAGUGGCUAUUACUACUUUGAAGCUAAUAAAUCCUUUUAGAAAUGGUAAAGUUGUGUUAUUUCAUGUUACAUAUGACCGUGACUGGAGCACUCAAGAGGUUCCAAUUUUUGUUUUGCUUGGUAUUUUUGGAGGGCUAUAUGGAAUAUAUGUGAGUACAAUGAACAUAAGAUAUGUUCAUUUCAGGAAGAAAUUUCUCUCAAAGUGGCCCAUUCAAGAGGUAGUUAUACUUGUACUUUUUACAUCAGUUAUCUCAUAUUUUAACGAAUUCCUGAAACUUGACAUGACAGAAGGUAUGGGAAUUUUAUUUCACGAAUGCCAAAAGAAUGACAACUCAUCCCCAUUUGCGCACAGACUUUGUCAGAUCGAUGAAAAUACGCAUGUGAUGGACUUCAUAAAACAGCUACUUUCGUUGAUUAUAGCAACGAUCAUUAGAAUUCACUUUACCAUUGUAUCUUACGGAGCCAAAGUUCCGGCCGGCAUUUUUGUACCUUCUAUGGCAAUUGGUGCCACCUUUGGCAGAGCUGUUAGUUUGAUUGCCGAGAGAUUUUUCUUUGCACCAAAUAGCAUAACUCCAGGUGCAUAUGCCUUUCUGGGUGCAGCGGCUACUCUCUGUGGUAUUACUAACUUGACAUUGACUGUUGUUGUUAUAAUGUUCGAGUUAACAGGUGCAUUUAUCUAUAUUAUCCCUACCAUGAUUGUUGUGGCUAUGGCUAGAAUUGUUUUGGCGUCUUUUGGCUUUCAUGGUGGGAUUGCGGAUCAAAUGGUAGAGGUGAAUGGUUUCCCAUUCCUUGAGGAAAGUGACAAAGAGUCAUUCAUGUAUGAAUUUAAUGCAAACCAAAUAAUGUCAAAAGACUUGGCAGUCUUACCAGAGAAACUAACUGUAUCUGAACUGCAUCAUACUGUUUUUGAAAAUGAUAAGCUCUAUAGUGGCUAUCCAAUUGUAAGAAGUGCUGAUCUACAUGAAAAUGAUAAAGUUUGCAUAGGUUAUAUAUUGAGAAGACAUAUACUAAAAAAACUAGAGGUAAUUGAUACAGAAGAGACGGCUAAUGAUCAGAGAGAAAUAAACUUGAUGGAAUUCCCAGGUAGCGAUUUCAGUAGAGCAGCUUAUCAAUUUGGUGACAUUGUUGAUAAAUAUCCUCCAAUCGUAAAAGGAACAAUACCAGUUGAGCAACUAUUCGAUACUUUUAGACAGAUGAAGUGUAAGAUAAUAAUGGUUGAAGAAUGCGGUAUUCUCCAAGGUGUAAUUACUAGAAAAGAUAUUUUGAGAUUCUCAAGGGGUCUCUCAAGAGAACUGGAAGGUCCAAAAUACGCUUAUGAUGAACAUCUCAAUGAACGCUACUUUGCAUUUAUCCAAAAAGUAAGUUCCCUUUUUGGUGCAAAAAUAUGA